AUGAUGGCACACGACAUGGAGCGAGUACUGAUGUCCCCGGCUUUCGAAGUGUUCAACAAGCUUCGGCUCGCAGGACAGCUUUGUGACGUGGUCCUCAUCGCAGACGGUGUUCAGUUCAACGCCCAUAGAGUGAUUCUGUGUGGCUGUAGCUCCUACUUCCAGGCUCUGUUCUCCAGUGACUGGAGUGAUUCAGGAAAGCGGGAGUACCAACUCCCAGGCAUUUCCCCUGAAACAUUGAGGCAGGUCAUCGAGUACGCCUACACGUACUCUGUGGUCAUCACAGCUGACAAUGUGGAGAACCUCCUGGCAGCUGCUGAUUAUCUCAGUGUCCUGGGCAUCGUGCAGCGCUGCUGUGACUUCCUGCAUGAGCAUCUCUGCCUUGACAACUGUGUUGGGCUUGUCAAAAUCGGAGAAGUCUACUGCCUCAAUGAGCUGCACCAGUCUGCAUUCAAAUUCCUCCUGAAGAACUUCAAGGAGGUUGCCAUCAACUCAAACGAGUUCCUAGAACUCACGCUCGAAGAACUUUGUGACAUCAUGGAGCGGGGCAUGAACUGAAUGUCAGAGAAGAGGAUGUGGUGUUUCACGCCAUCCUCCGGUGGAUCGAGCACGAGCCUGCCACCCGAGAGGCCCACAUUUCAGUUCUGUUGCCCAAGGUGAGUAUAGUUAUACUAUGUUCUCAUUGACUUGUGUAUAUGAUGAUGAUGAAAGUCCACUCUCUGACUUUGAGAACCCGCUGAUCCGCCCACGCUUGCCCUCUGAUGUUUUGCUGGCUGUCGGUGGAUGGAACAUGGGCACUACUAACUGCAUUGAUGCGUAUGACACACGGGCCGACCGCUGGGUGGAUAUCACGCAGGAGGAGCAGAGCAACCUAGCUGGUCAUGGCACGGUGUACCAUAAUGGAUUUGUGUACUGCAUUGGGGGGUUUGAUGGCCAACACUUCAUUAAUUCCGUGCGCAGAUAUGACCCGAUAACACGAGAAUGGCAGCAGAUGGCCCCCAUGCACUGGCAUCGCUGUAAUGUUAGUGUGGUUGUGCUCGAUGGGUUCAUCUACGCCAUGGGUGGCCAUAUUGUUUUCAGGCCCCUCAAUAAAGUAGAGCGGUACAACCCAGUAACCAACGAAU